AUGGAUACGCCCCCAGCCCCUCCUCCUGCACCCCCUUUACAGUCUACCGUUUUUUUUUUUAAGUCGUCGCUUUUAUCAUCUGGCUGGAGGUCAUCAACCGAUAGUAACCGACAAGCACGUUCUACCAUAUCUGCGUCGCCUAAGCCCACCACUCCCCGGUUGGACGCUGAGACAUUACAGCACGCAGUCGCUGGCUUACGCAAGACCGAGUACGGUCGAUCGUUACAAGGUGACAUCGAGAAUUUAUCCAAUGGACGAUUGGACGGAACGGAUCAACAAUUGUAUCGACGAAAUCGGUCGAACAACUCGUUCGAUGUCCCGAUGGAAAGAAAUCAAACCGGAGCAACGUUUCAUGCUUCGCCCAAUGGUACCCGUGACCCUAUGCCGGUCAGGAACGUUUAUCGACACUCCGAUGCG